CCUCCCUGUCAGCAACAGCAACAGUGAAGCCGACCACCAGCUGCAAGCAGCAGCGGCAGCACACGUCCAGUCAACCGCCAGUCUCGCCCUUCUGUCGGCAGCCGCUUCACCGUCGUCGCCCCCCCCCCCACCUCCGGCCGGCUGUGAGAGGAUGUUCGAGCCGAGGAGGAGUUCUUCCGGCGAAUGACGACGAGUUAUGGCCCAGCGAGAGCUGCUGCCGGCGCCACCACUUGGGCCGCGGAGCGAGUGAAAACGGCGACAAGGGGCAGGGCAGGACCGCCGAACCAUGUUGCUGUGAGUUGUGAGCUGUUGCUGAGCAGGGGAGGAGGAAGGAGUUCGCCACACAUCGCGUCGGGGGGCCGCCGCCGCCAUGGGCAACACGGCCACCAAAUUCCGUAAGGCGCUGGUGGGUGGCGACGAGGCAUUGGCCUGGCAGCUGUACGAGGGCAACCCGCAAUUCAGGGACGGUUUGGACCCCAACGCCUCGUACGGAGAGCAGUACCAGCACAACACGCCGCUGCACUACGUGUGCCGUCAUGGCAUGACACGGCUGCUCAGGUCCUUCUUGUUCAGCAAGGAGGGCAACCCCAACAAGCGCAACGUGCACAACGAGACGUGCCUCCACGUGCUCUGCCAGGGCCCGCUCAUCCUGCUGCUGCCCGAGGGGGCGCUGUCGCCGCGCCUCGCCCGGCCUCAGCGCGAGGAGCAGCGGCGGGCCGACUGUCUGCAGAUGUUACUGCGCUGGACGGGGGCUCGGCUGGAGGGAGGCCAGUACGAGAAGGCCAACGUCAACGCGACCGACAACCGCCGCAGCACCUGUCUACACUACGCCGCCGCGUCGGGCAUGAAGAGCUGCGUGGAGCUGCUCAUCCAGAGCGACGCGGACCUCUUCAUCGAGGACGACGACAAGCUGACGCCGUGCGACCACGCCGAGCGCCACCACCACACCGAGCUGGCCCUCAGCCUGGAGUCGCAGAUGGUUUUCUCCUCUUCCUCGCCGGGGCCCGUGCCGCCGCCGCGGCCGUCGCACACCAGCGCGGACACGCGUGGCGAAGGCAAGCUGCUGCAGAAUAAAGAGCCUUACGAGGGCUUGAAGCUGCAGGACCUUCGCCGACUGAAGGACAUGCUGAUCGUGGAGACGGCCGACAUGCUGCAGGCUCCCCUCUUCACUGCCGAGGCCUUGCUGAGAGCGCACGACUGGGACAGGGAGAAGCUGCUGGAGGCGUGGAUGUCCGACGCCGAGGGCUGCUGCCAGCGCUCGGGCGUGGCCGUGCCCACGCCGCCGCCCAGCGGGUACAACGCUUGGGACACGCUGCCCUCGCCGCGCACCCCCCGGACGCCGCGCUCGCCCGUCACGCUGACCUUCACCUCCCCCACGGACAGCUGCCUCACGCCCGCCGACGAGGGCCUGGCCACGUGCGGCAUCUGCCUGUGCUCCAUCUCCGUCUUUGAGGACCCCGUGGACGUGUCCUGUGGCCACGAGUUCUGCCGAGCCUGCUGGGAGGGGUUCCUGAACGUGAAGAUCCAGGAGGGCGACGCGCACAACAUCUUCUGCCCCGCGUACGAGUGCUACCAGCUGGUGCCCGUGCACGUCAUCGAGAGCGUGGUCUCCCGGGAGAUGGACCAGCGCUACCUGCAGUUUGACAUCAAGGCCUUUGUGGAGAACAAUCCGGCCAUCCGCUGGUGUCCGGCGGCGCGCUGCGAGCGGGCGGUGCGGCUCACCCGGCCCGGCCCGGGCGAGAGCGACCCGCACGCCUUCCCGCUGCUGCCCUCCCCGGCCGUCGACUGCGGCAAGGGCCACCUCUUCUGCUGGGAGUGCCUCGGCGAGGCCCACGAGCCGUGUGACUGCCACAUGUGGAGGAAGUGGCUCCAAAAAGUCACCGAGAUGAAGCCCGAGGAGUUGGCAGGUGUGAGCGAGGCUUACGAAGACGCCGCAAACUGCCUCUGGCUGCUGACCAACUCCAAGCCGUGUGCCAACUGCAAGUCCCCCAUUCAGAAGAACGAGGGCUGCAACCACAUGCAGUGUGCCAAGUGCAAGUACGACUUCUGCUGGAUCUGCCUGGAGGAGUGGAAGAAGCACAGCUCGUCGACGGGAGGCUACUACCGCUGCACGCGCUACGAGGUCAUCCAGCAGCUGGAGGAGCAGUCCAAAGAGAUGACUGUCGAGGAGGGGGCUGGCAAUAGAACUUUAAGAUGGCAGAAAAGAAGCACAAAAGCUUCCAGGAGCUGGACCGCUUCAUGCACUACUACAGCAGAUUCAAGAACCACGAACACAGUUACAAGCACAAACUUGAAAGCCCUCCAGCUGGCAUUCUGCUCUCAUUGCCAGAACAUCUCAUCCAGUGCCACUUCCUCCAGGUGUGUGAUGUCCCCAUACGUUUGUCUACUUUUGAAUGGUUGUGGUUUUUGUGUUUGUCAGCUGGAGCAGAAGCUGCUGAGGACGGCCAAGGAGAAGAUGGAACAGCUGAGCAGAGCCUUCAUUAGCCGUGAGGGCGCCCCGCCCGACACGCGCUUCAUCGAGGACGGCGUGAGCGAGCUGCUGAAGACGCGGCGCGUGCUCAAGUGCUCUUACCCAUACGGCUUCUUCCUGCAGCAGGGAAGCACGCAGAAGGAAAUCUUUGAGCUCAUGCAGACCGACCUGGAGAUGGUGGUGGAGGACCUGGCGCAGAAGGUGAACCGCUCCUACCUGAGGACGCCGUGCCACAAGAUCGUCAGCGCCGCCCGCCUGGUCCAGCAGAAGCGGCAGGAGUUCUUGGCGUCGGUUGCCCGCGGCGUGGCGCCCAAUGACUCGCCCGAGCCCCUGCGCAGGAGCUACCCUGGAGGAUCGUGGGAUUGGGAGUACUUGGGCUUCGCCUCCCCUGAGAUGGGCAGUCGUCACUCUGUGCUGGGAGCAGGAGACCAACGGGACCGAGCAUCACAGGAUUUCGCUGACAUUCAGUACCGCCGGCGGCACAGAGCGCGGCGCAGGGGAGACAUGCUGAAUCUGCACAAUCUCCGGAGCAGCAGCAACACGCCCGAGAGCAGCAGGAGGAGCGACGGCACAGAAGGUCCAGAGAGGAUCGAGGGCCGGCGUAGAGCGCUGGGCUCCCUGGACGAGGACGACCCCAACAUCCUGCUGGCUAUCCAGCUGUCUCUGCAGGAGUCUCGGCGAGACCGAGGCCCCGAGGGCGUCACCGCGGGCGUCCCCGAGCCGGAGCGCGGGCCGCAGGGUUCCGCGACGAUUCCCGGCGACGUCCCCGACAGCCCCCCGGGAGCGGCCAGGGGCCCGUCCCUUCCGGACCCGCCGCGCCCUCCCCACAGGACAGACUCGUCUUGUUGUUCUUCUCAGACGUCCGUGCCGCCGCCCGCCGCCCUGCCCCUCCCUCCUCCGCCUCCCCCGCUCAGCGCCGAGCUCCUGAAGCUGGGGGACAGCCUUAUGAAACUCGGGAACCCGUCUCCUCCCGACUCGGACCCUCAGAGUCACUGCCACGCGAGCACGCUUCCGCCCGAGGCCGAACGAGAGAGUCCGUCCAACUACGCUCUCCGACGCCCCCCCGCCCAGUUGUGCCUCCCGUCUCCGGAGCUCGAACCCGAGCUGCUGCUGCUGUCGCCCGUCAUCCCGCCGGGGAGGCCUUUCACCCCCAGCGACCCGCAGAGCCUAGAGGCCCUGGACCCCGUCGCCAGCGCCCAGCUGCUGGACAACAUCAUGGCCUGGUUCAACUACAACAUCACCCCGCAGAACAACCCCCAGAGCCUGGCCCUCAUCCCCUCGCCGCCCACCACCGAGAGCGACUCCUCCCCGGACGCGCUCUCCGAGACCCUCGCCGCCGCCGGGCAGCGCCCGGAGGGCCAGCCGGACCUGGCCCGCGGCCGCCCCAGCAGGCCCGGCACGCUGGGGCUGGACAACAGCGCCGCCGAUGGCGAGGAGGACAACAAAGGGGAGGAAGGUGGCGAUGCGUUGGCGGAUGCAUCGCCCCGCGAGGACACCUCCGCAGACUUGGACCUGGUCCUCCAGCUGGAGGAGGGCCAGUCCCCUGUGGAGUGGGAGGAGAAAGUCCACUUGGUGUGAAGCGGAAAAAGAUAGCUGCUGUUUACUGUGUGUAUUAUUCUGAUGAUGAUUAUUAUUAUACAGUCAAGCCUCAGUUCACAGAAAAAAAAUAGAUUUUUGAACGAGAUUUUCCAACAAAUCUUGUGCUCCUCCCUACGUCACAUAUUUCAAAUACAGGCACACUUUUCACGGUGAAAAGUGCAAACGAUAGUGCUCUUAGGAAGCCUAAUCAUUUUAGCAUUGGAAAAAAGAGGGAAAUAAUAGCUGAACAUGAGGAUUGUUUCUACUUCUGAUCUGGCUACCCAGUUUGGUUUGGCAAAAUCUUCAUUACGAAGUGUGUUGUCAUCUCUUUUCAACUUAAACCCACGCAGAUAAUUCUAUUUCUAUUCAUGUAUUCAGUGGAAAACAUUUAAAUUACGUUUGUGUACUGAAGUUUGACUGUAAGUAUUAUUGUUAUUAUAAUAACAAGGUAUCUAAUGAGGUUGUCGAGCCCCGCAGCAAAGAUGUCACGGGCAGGGUUUUCUUUUUUUUUUUUUUUAAACUUCAAAACUUUUCUUGUUUAAAAAACAAACAAAAAUCAAGGCAAAGCUACUGAGGUGGUCACAGAUAAUCAGGUAUUUAUUUAUUUUAAUUUUAUAUUUUUAGAAAACUGGCCACACCAACGGUUGUAUAUUUUUUAUUUAAUUACAAAUAUUUAUUUUACUUAAUUACUUAUUUUUUUUUGUAUUAUAACUAUAAUUAUUUUCACUAUUAUUAAUGCUACCAGAGCAUUGCAUUCAUUUUGUUUUACAUGGUUUUUACACGCCUUAUAAAUGUACAAAUAUCUAAAAAAAUAAUAAUAAUAAUCUCCAUCCCCAUGAACAGUGCAUGCCAAAGCGGACAGGUGGCGCUGUUACACCUUAGCCAAUCAGAAACUCAAAGCAGGUGACAAUUUUGAAAAUAAAACUGAGAUAAUGGUGCAUGUCACAAACAUGAAAAACCAUCUCCCCAUCUACUUUUGCAGAAAAGCAAAAAUUGCAAAACUUUGGGAAAAGGUCUAAAAUUCAUAGAAUUGUAUUGAUUUAUUUUUUUUCAUCUUGAAAGAAAUCUGAAGAAAGCCGUUCAAGAAAAUUAUCGAAACUGAGAUUGUGGCACAUGUAAAAAAAUAACGAGAUGUUCCCAUUUUCACAUCUCCAUCAAAACAAAAAAUCUUUUGGGGGAAAAAAAAAAAAUACAAAGACUGUCGACAUUUUUAAAUCGUUUUGUAAUGUUUGUGGAGGUUUUUUUUUUUUGUCAGUUUUGAUUCAUAUUACAACAACAGGUGGCGCUGUAACACCUAUAAUUCAAAGUCCCUUCGUAUUAGCCAAUAAAAAGCAUGAAGAAAGCCAUUUAUGGAAAAGGCACAAUAACCACAAAACAGCAAAAAUGGUGUAUGUUACGACUACAAAAUAAUGCCCAAUUUUCUUAUUUACAUCCCCCAAAAUAUUUUUUUAAAUGUGAAUAUUUUUCAAAAUUUCUGUGGAAUUAUUUUUUUUAAAUACCUGUCUGUUUAUUGAUGUUGCAUCCAUUUUCGAUUUAUGUUCACAAAUAUGGUUCAUCACCUUAUAAAGGUGUACAAAAAAAAUAUCCAUCUAUGUAAAUAGUGCAUGCCAAAGCAACAGAUGGCGCUGUAACUCUUACAGUCCAAAGUUCCGUUUUAUUAGCGAAUCACAAACGUGAAGAAAGCCAUUUUGGGAAAAGACACAAAAAAACGAGAUAAUCCCAAUUUUUUUUUUUUUAUUGAUUUUUUUUUUACGUGAACAAUUUUCAAAUCUUUUUAGAUUUUUUUUUUUUUUUUUUUUUUUUUUAUUAAUACCUGUGUUUGUGUGGACACGGCUUCGAGUGUUUUUUCAAUGGCGUUUCGGUGCUUAAAUCCAAACAAACAGCCAAUGUUUUUUUUUUUUCAGGACCAAAAAAAAAAAAAAGGACAAGACAAAAGAAACAAUCCUGCUGUAGCCUUCGGAGCUAGCGUUAGCGUUAGUUAGCGUACUGUACAAUCAAGAGGGCCUCAUUUUGAUACUGGACCUUCAUGCACACUGUGCCUGCAGGAGAGCAACCACACACUCUUACUUUUCUUUGUUUUGUUUGCCAACAGAUUCACUAGUUGGUCAUCUCACAAUUAUAACGAGGUCAGCCAUUUCCGCUGCCGCUUUUUGUGGAGGUGAGCGUCCAAUUCCCAAGUGCCAUCCAUCUUCGUCUACAUAAUUGCCAUCUGUGGAGUCCGUUUUGAUUGUAGCAAAUUUUUAAUGCAGACGUCAGUGUUGCCAAGCUUAUGGACAAAUGUCAUUUAUUGCUUUUACGUUUGCAUUGUAUAAAAAAAAACAAAACAAAAAAACUUUUUUUUCCCCCCCCUCCUCUACUGAAAUGGCAUGCAGUGUGUUGUGACUGUCAAUGUGCCUUUUUUUGUUGUUGUUGUUUCAAGCAUAUGUUUUUAUUUGUAGCUAUUUAUUGUUGCUUUUUUAGUCAGAACUUAACUUUCCACACUGUAAUGGGCCACGUGAAAUUCCUCCGCAGGCCCCGAGUUGGGCACCUGUGGCCAACCAUGUAGCCUCAAAAUGCUUUUUUUUUUUUUUUUAUAAACGUCAAGAUACAAUUUGAUGCUUUGAGUCCCUCAUAAUUGGGAUUAGGAUGUGAAAAUCAAUCGAAAAUGUGUUGUCAACCUUUUGAACACAAGCGGCGACAGCCUGUUGUGACUGUUUUCUGUCUCUAAGGAAAAAUCUAUUCGGUGAACAUUUCAUGUCGCCAUUUGUUUUUUAUUGGUUUUUCAGGAAAUGUUUGGCAGGAUGGCAGUGCGUGACACUCAGUUAUUUAUUACUAUUAUGAUUUACUUUAUAUUCCGUUGGUGAUGGUUAUGUUGUGGAACAUCAAAGAAUAACAGAAGAUGUCAAGGGGGGAAAAAAGGGCAUUUUCUGCUCAUCUAUGAUACAUUCCCACCUGUGUCCAUCAAUGUGUGGCUACAAAAAAAAAAAUAAAGUUUCAAAUAAAAGCGUGUCAGUGCAAAGUUUACACUCCAUUAAAAAGAAA